AUGUUCUUAAAGCCCUUUUGGGGAAACGCCUUGAGUUGCAACACUUGUACUAAUGAAGCUGACGAAACUAAAUGUGCAGCAACAGCCUGCGCUGCAGCUGACACACGAUGUCAGAGCAGUUAUACCCUCACUGCCCCAGAUGUUCCAGUAUCAAAGGCAUGUGCUCAGGAUUGCACACCAUCCGCUACUGUGAAGUGCUGCGGUACAUCUCAGUGUAACGUGGACCUCUUGAAAUGCUACACCUGCACCGACUUGACAGACGAAACUAAGUGUAAAGAUAUAACAGUCUGUGGGUUCGGUGACAAGUUCUGUAAAACCACUUACAAACUAACUGGAACUGGUGUCACCGUCAGCAAGGGAUGUGCAUCAACUUGUACUGUAACAACAGCUUUCCCACGAGAUGAGUGCUGUCAGGGAGAACUGUGUAACGAUAAAUUCACUUGCUUCCAAUGUGCUGAAACAGCCGAUGAAAGUUCCUGUACUUCGAGUCCAUGUGCAGCUGGAACAUUCUGCCAGAGUGACUACAAACUCAACGGGGCAGGAGUGCCUGUUGUCACUAAGACCUGUGCAGCUGAUUGCAAAGCUGUUGACAAUACAGCAGACAAAAACGUUAGGACAACUUGCUGCAACACAGGAUAUUGUAAUGGAAACGCCUUGAGUUGCAACACUUGUACUAAUGAAGCUGACGAAACUAAAUGUGCAGCAACAGCCUGCGCUGCAACUGACAAACUAUGUCAGAGCAGUUAUACCCUCACAGCACCAGAUUUUCCAGUAUCAAAGGCAUGUGCUGAGGCUUGCACACCAUCUGCUACUGUGAAGUGCUGCGGUACAUCUCAGUGUAACGUGGACCUCUUGAAAUGCUACACCUGCACCGACUUGACAGACGAAACUAAGUGUAAAGAUAUAACAGUCUGUGGGUUCGGUGACAAGUUCUGUAAAACCACUUACAAACUAACUGGAACUGGUGUCACCGUCAGCAAGGGAUGUGCAUCAACUUGUACUGUAACAACAGCUUUCCCGCGAGAUGAGUGCUGUCAGGGAGAACUGUGUAAUGUAAACACCUUGAGUUGCCUGCAGUGUGAUGCUCAGACUGAUGAAACUCAGUGCAAGGCGGGCGUGUGCACUGUAGGCACUUUCUGUCAGAACAGCUACACCUUCACUAACCUUGCCAGCAUCAAAGUCACAAAGACAUGUGAGUCCGCUUGCACAGCGACCAACACAGUGAACUGCUGCCAAACAUCCAACUGCAAUGUGAAAGCCUUGUUCUGUUAUACCUGUGACAAACAGAGUGAUGAAACACUGUGUACAACUGUAAAAGCCUGCGGAUCAGCUUCGGGAAAAUGUUCAUCUGUUUAUGAAACAGGUGUAGAUGGUAAACUCACUGUGACAAAGGGCUGUGAGGCGUCUCGUGGUGCCUGUGUACCCGGAAGAGUGGGCAACAAGCAGACAACAUGCUGCGAUACGGACCUCUGUAAUGUGCCAGUCUUGAAAUGCUACACUUGCAACAAAAUUAAGUCUGAAACUGACUGCACUACCUUAACUGCCUGCGACUUCAGUGUUGGGUUCUGUUUUGCCUAUUAUGAUACAAAUCCAACAGGAACGACCGUCAGAAAGGGCUGUGACAGAACCUGUGCCAGUCUUGAUGAUCUGUCAAGGAGGAGAACUUGCUGCACUACAGACCUGUGCAAUGAGCCUAAACUGAGUUGCUACACCUGUAAUGGACUGGCAGAUGAAAAGCAGUGUACCACGGUCACAGCAUGCAGUGCUGAAAACAAGUUCUGCAAGACAGUUCGCAACACCAUUGCAGGAAAAAAGACUGCUGUCACGAAGACCUGUGAGGCCACUUGCACAGCAUCGAGCACAGCCUUCCAAUCUAUAGAGUGCUGCCAGGCCAGCCAGUGUAACGAAUACCAAGAAAGGGGUACAGGUGCGUCCCCGUCCACCCAAGCCAGCUCCCUCCUGCUGGCCGUGUCGAUCAGCCUGCUCACCAUGCUGCUCAAAUCAGCAUGAGAGGAUUCUACCACCCAAAACUCUGAAUGCAAUGAAUUUGUUGUCAAUACAAUGAGUCAUUCAGGUUGUGAAAGAUAUACAUUAAAAACAAUUACUUAGGUAUUUAGUACCAGAGCAUAUAUUACACAGUACUCACUCAGUUGUUAUGUGGUAGCUAUAGUUUAGUUUAAAGGGAAGGAAGGUAACUCUGUAAAGAAUUAUGUAGGUGGGUUGUAACGGUAGUAAGUGGCACCAAGGCUUAGUUUUCUGUGCUUCAGUGUAUGCAGUCUUGUCACUAAGUCCCUCUUUCAUUGUGGUGGAAAUCAUUUGUUUGUUUGUAAUUUAAUUGAGGAUUUAUAUUUCAGACAACUGCCUGACAUGAAUUAAAAAAAUAGAACCAAAACCAGAACCAAAUGAUGAGAAACACUAGAAAGGGGGGCCUGUGAUAAUGCUGCUCCAGCUAAUGCAAGGCCACAGAGAGGAGUUUCUUUAAUUCUAGGCUUUGGGAUUUCUUAUAGGACUUGUACUCUGCAGUAGUUACAGUCUAGCUUAUGUUUCAGAAUAUGUUGUUAAUGUAUCGUGUUUCGUACAAUAAACACUAUUUUUCUGACACUA